AGUUCCAAUGCGCAACAGCUGUUCGGCGUGCAAACAGAAGUGAAUUUUAUAAUUCUAUAACAUGGAUCAGAAUAUACCCAUUAAAACGGACAUUGAUGAUUCAAUCAAAAAGAAAUCUAACAAUAUCGUUCCAAAUUAUCUCAAACGCAUCGUAUUCGACUAUUUACAGAAACAUGGCUGUACGCAUGACAAUUUGGUCGCCGUUGCGAGGGCAAGGCGAAAAAAUCAGGAGCGUGCGAUAGAGUACAUAUGCAACGCCUGCAAGGAUGCUGAGGUGCGUGUGAAUCAUGAAUGUGAUUCGGUUAGCCUAAGCCACAUAAAUCAAUGGCUAGAGGUGUUAAACAAUGCGGAAUUGUCGAAACUGUGCGAAUACGAAGCAGCAGCCGUGAUGAAUAGCAUAGUGCGCACGGAGGUGCAACCAAAGCCGGCUCAAUUGGGUGGCAUCGACAUGAGUGAGGUAUACGGCUUUCUUGAGAAUGCUCUAACUGGACAGAUACAGAAGGGAUUAGGCGAAGCUAGCGAAGCGUUUCUUGCACGGGAAAUUGAGCUCCUCAUUGAAGAGGCCAACAAUGAUCAUUCCGAUAAUGUUGUGCGGAGCAUGGGACAGAAGCUGAACGAUCGGCAGGAGUAUAACUAUGAGGCGGAGCCAAACAAAUGCAGCUUGGAUCCAUUGUUUUUAGAUGAAUAGCUUAAGAAUUGUACAAAAAAUGAUAGUCAAACACAUUUAUAUCCACACAUAUUUAUUAAACAUUUAAAUUCAA